CUGUGUUGCCGAGCAACGUACAGCGUCUUGUCUGUGUUCUGCAGCCCGUGUGGCGUUCACCGCAUAUAUUCGGAAAGGUACAACUUCAGUUUCUACAAUGCAACAGUGGUGAACAUGUUCAAGACUUUCCCACCCGUUCCUGAUGUUGUAGAGGCCAGCUCUGACCGUUGCAGGACUUGUGCUGUGGUGGGGAAUUCUGGUAAUUUGAAGGGAUCACAUUAUGGGCCUCUGAUAGAUUUCCAUGAUGUCAUAAUAAGAAUAAACCGUGGCCGUACCAAAGGCUUUGAAGCAGAUGUUGGGAACAGAACAACCCAUCAUGUCAUGUACCCAGAGAGCGCUGUUCCUUUGGACAGCACCACUCAUCUUGUGCUGGUUCCAUUCAAGAUAAAGGACUUACUCUGGCUUCUCCAGAAAUUCAAUCAAGGGAAAAAUAGUGCCGUGAACUCAAAGAGGAUGGCUAACAAGGAUCUGGUGAUGAUCCUCAGUCCAGCUUUCAUGAAAUAUGUUCAUGAGAUUUGGCUCAGCAAGAACGGCAGUUAUCCGUCCACUGGCUUUCUGACCUUCGCUCUCAGCAUGUUCAUUUGCGAUGAGGUCAGUGUGUUUGGGUUUGGAGCAAACAGAGAUGGAAACUGGGAUCAUUACUUUGAAACGCUCAACAACAAACACCUGAGAACUGGACCUCAUGCUGGAACGCAUGAAUAUGACGUUAUUCAGCAACUACACAAGAAGCAGAAAAUCCAGUUUUUUAAAGGAUGGUGAUUUUUUGCUUCUCUCUUUUUGUCUGUGUCUCUUUCUAUUUCUGUCAAUUGCUUAGAGAACAUUAGAAAGCAUUUUUCAUUGAGUGUGUUCAUGCUUAGGGGAGUCAUUUUGUGAACUUCAGUUUUGGUUAGUAUUGUAUCAGUUGGCUCCUUUUUUUUUUAUCUCCUCGCUGCGAUCCUCGACCGCAGUGGCAAAUAGGUUUUGUUGAAAAUGUAAUCUCUGGCUGGAUUAUGUUCAAAGGCAGAGUAUUUUAUUAAGGAAUAAGAGUCAAGGUUAGGGAAAGGUCAUGGUUUUGUUUGUAGUUUCUGAAUUAUAGUAUAUUAUUAUAAAGUAAUAUUUCAAUCAGGAGAGAAUUCAUUCUGAAUUGACAAAUAAACUUGUGUUGCGAGAGGAAAAGUGAGAGAUGUGAGAGUCUUUGGCGACUAGACCCCAUCGUGAUGUCAUGAUAUGUGAAAAGGGGAUGAGGCUGUGUGAAGUAUAGGAAACCCCCCGGGGUCUAGACACUGGUGGUGGUGGGAAGAAGAGAAGCUGGAGUUCUGGGUGUGAUGAGGACUCUGAUGAGCUCGACCUGGCACUGGCUAUAAAGACUGGAGGUGGAUGGGGUGGAGGAGGGUCGCAGCAAUAUGAACUGACAGCUGCCAGCGGAAGAGGGCAGAAUGGAUUUUAAAGUUUGACAGUGACAACGCAACGACUGGCUUGUUUAGGUUGUGGCGAAAUACGAUUUGGUUACUGGAAACACCUGAAGUAAGCCGAUUACAAUAAGUGGGGUGAGAGAGGGAAAGAGAAUUGUGAAUGAAAAUGACAAAGUUAGUCUUCCUGAUUGAACUUGAUCAAAACAAGCUUCAUUUAGUACUUUGUAUAAUGUACACUCUCCUUUAAUGUGGAAUUGUAUUUGUAGAAUAUGCUGGGGGAUUUUUUCUCUUCCCCUAUAUACUUUACUUUUUCUAGUUUGACUUUAAUAGGACACCUGUACGCAGCCAAUCAUGUGACAGCCGUGCAAUGCAUGAGGUGUCAAGGCAACAGAGAACAUCCAGAAUGGUAUGAGAAGAGAGGUCGAAGGAGAAUUACAAGGCUGGUUGGAGCUGACAGAAAUUGGCAUCAACAGCAUGAAUCCAUGGACCCGCCUUGUGUCAACAGUCCAGGCUGGUGGUGGUGGUGUAAUGUUCUUGGGAAUAUUUUUCUUGACACACUUCAGGCCAUUUUAAUACCAAUCAAUCACGGCUUGAAUGCCACAUCCUGUUUGGUUAUUGUUGCUGGCCAAUGUGAGUUAAACAAACAAAAUGUGUCAGAUAAUUAUAUUAGCGGCUGCUAAUUAGUUUAAUUUAGGUGUGUCAUGCCCUUCAGCAUGUACUGUGCCAGGAACUGUUUUUGAUGCUUUGCCAUAUUUUGUAAAAAAUUAAUAAAACUCUUGACAUUGAUGGGCACACAACCAGACUAUAACUUACGGGACUGAUUUCACUAGAGGGGUGAGGCAUACAAACUGCUCCCUGGGAGGAAACUAAAGCUGCUAAACAGGGAAUUCAUAACAGUGAUGGCUUUGUCGUUUGGAUAUUGACAAAUUUAAAUGUUCCUUACAGCUUUAUUCAGACACAACAGGACAUUUAUGGAAAGGGCUGCAUGUGUGCAGUCUAUUUAGCAUCAGGUGCCUGGUGGCUUUUAAACUUAUUUUGGCCUGGAAGCCUUAAUUUCUCUAGUGAUUCUCUGAUAAAUCCCUAAACGAAUUACCUCAUUAAUUUCAUCAUUUAUUAGGAAAUUCUGCUGCCUGCUUUAUAAUGUCUGACACAAGGAAAGAAUGACCAAAUAUUAAGGUAUCAACUAUUAGAUCUUUCCUAAUGUGUGUGCAUACAGAAAGUGCUGUUAGUUGUUGACUUGGUUAUCAGGGUUUGAUCAACACAUAUCUGUUAUAGAAAUAAGCAAAAAAAUAACACAGACAACAAAUCAAACUACUAAACAAUAACAAAAGACAGGAGAUGGAUAAGGGCAGCCACCAUCAUAUAACUCUUUUCUACUUUAAUAUUAAUUUAAUGAUCUGUAACCUGCAGAUUACCAUAACCUGAACCAUUUGAGAUCUUACAGGGAGAACUGCUGUGCCUCUCCGCUGUAUUUUACAAACAGGGAAGUGUAUGAUGUACAUCCUUGAAAAGGCAACAGCAGGACAUCCUCAUUUUCACACAGUGUCCAAAAUGCACACUCCAUUGUUUAAAGUUUAAAAUGUGCUUGCUGUUUUGCACACAUUGGAGAACUAUUUCUCCAUUUACAGAGAUCAACUGUAACAGUCACAGUGACCAUAUUUAAAUUAAAAUUGUUGUUUUUCUUGCUGUAAUAAUUCCUCCUUUUCAUGCAGGCUAUUAUCUAUUUUUUUAUUGUCAUUAUCUAUGCAGAAAUGAAUUCUAAAGUUCAGCAGAAGCUAUUAUGAGACUCCACCAGCCUGAAAUAAUCAAAUCAAAUGGAUAUCUUCCAAAGUGACCGCCUGUGUUUUUGUACAAUAUUCCCUUUUUGGUUACCUGGGGUUUCUUUGCUGAGCUGCCGUAACACAAUGAAGAAAGACAACCAUGUCUUUG